AUGCAGUCCUCCGAGAUAACGGCCGUCGAGUCGCCUGCCAUCAAGGCGGCGCUCGAAUGUUCCCCUGAGAUAAAUCCGGCCCGAAAGACCGUGGGUGUUCACCUCCCAUACACAGGACGAGAAACGCACAUUUUCUCCCGCCUCGGUCACCACACGCCACCGGGCUACCACUACAACUGCACCAACAGACCCACGACAGCGAUGAAAAUCAUCAUGGCCGACAAGAGCUACUUUGCCAAGCAAGCUGGCGCAAAAGUCGGACUGCUCGCUUUGGGAUUCUUCCUGUGCUGGGGACCCCUCGAUCAGUGCCUCCUCAAGCUGCGUCCCAAGCAACGAGAACGACGCGAAAAGAUGGCGUCGGCGUGA